AUGAAAUAAAAGGAAAGUUUUUAAUUCUUAAAUAAUUACAUGUUCUUUGAUUAAUAGGUAAAUAAUAAAAAUCAAAAGGAUACAUAAAACUAAAAUAAACAAAUUGAAGUUUCACCAAAAAAAAAAGAAUAGAAGAAAACAAAUUAAGGAAUAAAUUAUCAAAGUUUAUUAGAAUUUUAGUAAACACCAGUAAUUAAACUGUAAGAAUUACUUAAUUAUGAACCAACAAAAUGUUCAUCUGUAUAAAAUGGAUUAGUUAAGGCUUAUGCAGCUAAUACACAUUAAGGCUUAAUAAGAAAUUAUAAUGAGGAUAGAGUUUCUAUUAUUUUAAAUAUACUCAAACCUUAAACUAGAAUCAAUGAAAAUUGGCCAAAAUGUUCAUUCUUUGGAGUAUAUGAUGGACAUGCAGGUUCAGGUUGUGUUGAUUUUUUAAGAGAUAAUUUACAUUAAUACAUAUCCAAAUAAAAAGAAUUUCCUUGGAAUCCAAUAGCUGCAAUUAAAAAAGGAUUGGAAGCAGCUGAAAAAGAUUUUUUAACUUAUGCUCUUGAAUAGUAUAGUAAAAAUUAAGUAGAAAGAAGUGGAUCUUGUGCUAUUAUUAGCCUUAUUGUAGGUGAUUAUUGUUAUGUUGCAAAUGUUGGAGAUUGUAGAGCUAUCUUAAGUUCUGAAAAAGGGAAAAAGUAUUUUGAUUUAUCCAUUGAUCAUAAACCAUAGAAUGAGUCAAUAAGAAUUUAAUAAGGGGGAGGCUAAAUCUAUUAAACAAGUAUAACGAAUGAUAAAGGUAUUCAAAUUUAAGGACCAAUGAGAGUUUUUCCAGGUAGAUUAUCUGUUUCUAGAGCAUUUGGAGAUAUUGAGGCUAAAAAUGAAUAAUUUGGAGGAAAUCCUAAUGUAGUUAUAGCUUAACCUGAUAUAAAAAUAUUUCGUAUUACUAAUUAACAUGAUUUCAUGGUAUUAGGAUGUAAAAUAAAAAAAUAUUAUAGGUGAUGGAAUUUUUGAUAAAAUGGAUUCUUAAGAAGUUAUUGAUAAAAUAUGGAAUGAUUUGAAAAAAAACAAAGAUAAUUAAAAUCUACAUGCUUAAAUUUCUUCAGCUGUUGAUGCUGUAUUAAAAGAAGUUGUUAUCAGAAAGAGUAGUGAUAAUAUAACUUUACUUAUUAUUGCUUUUAAUGAACUAAUUUAACAUCAAUAAAAAAAUACCUAUAUCAAAUCUAAUUCAAUUUCGAGUCAUAUUGAAAUAUUAUAAUCAUAUUUAAAGAAAGAAUAAGACAAUACUGAAAAUAAUAAAGAUAUUAAUCAUAAAAAAGUUAAUUAUUUUAAUCCAUCUCAAUCAUUAUUUAAUAGAGUAUUAACAUAACAAUAUCCUUAAUAAGCAAAAUAAGAUGAAAAUUUUAAUAAAGUAAGAUUAAGUUUUAACAUGUGA